AUGGAUAUCAAAGAAAUUAGGAAACCAUCAAGCCGAGAAAUAGUCAUAAAGGGUCAUGAGGAGUGUGUAAAAAUGUCAAAUUGUCUUCUUGAAGAGUUCGGAUUUCCUCUGGGUCUUCUUCCUCUUGAAGACGUGAUCGAACUUGGUUUUGUUAGGAGUAGUGGUUACGUGUGGAUGAAGCAAAAGAAGAGGAAAGAGCACAAUUUCAAGAUGAUCAACAAGCUCGUGAGCUACGACACUGAAAUAAGUGGCUUUGUGAGCAAGAAAUCGAUGAAGAAACUCAAGGGUGUGAAGGCUAAGGAGUUGAUGCUUUGGCCUCCAGUUAUUGAGAUUAUUGUCGAUGACCCAUCCACCGGCAAAAUUCACUUCGGAAGCCUUCUUGGAAUCACUAAAACUUUCCAAGUUGAGGCGUUUGCUGCCGGAGGAGGCAAUCUUUCAGCUCUUAGAAGUUUAUACAGGGAAGGGUUCAGUCUUAGCAAUUUAUUUCGAGAACUGGACACUAAGGGUGUGAUUGCUGUAUGA